CCCGGUUUCAUUCCGCCCUUCGAUAGCCGCACGGGUGCGAAUUCCCAACCCACCACGGUCUCCUUUGAUGCCGCUGGCAUGCCGUCAUCAGAUUCAACAAUAGCCGUGAGUCCUGCUGCUUCAUCGGAGUCUCGGUUGCCCAACAUAUGGUUCCGUCCGAAUGCUAACUGCAAACAGCAACAGACUGAAGAGCCGGGCUUCAUUGGACCGUUGCUGCCGAACCCAAUGCCCACGGCAAUGGGGAUGGAAACUGAUGCAGAGUGUGCAUGGACCUAUUAUCCUCAGUUGGCUGACCUUUCACUUUGCAACUGCUGGAUGGCUAUGCUCGACUUGCUAAAAUUGUCUGUUAGUCCCAUUGUCGACGGGCAGCAUCCUCAAAAUGGCAACGUACAGAACCUUAGUAGUUGA